UCAAAACGAAACUAAAGCGUGGUGCGUACGCUCAAAAAAGAAGUGAAUACAGUUUGAUAACAGACUAAAGAAAAACUGUUAAUUUCUCAUUCUGUUCUGAAGAGAAUGUUGAGCCUAUACUAUUUCGCAACAUGCUCCUUGACUUUUUGUAUACCACAUAUAGUUUGAGGAUGGUAACUGUACCCCUGAGAUUGUUUUGAUUUCCCUGACAACUUAGUGACGCCAACGUUGGAGUUUAGAGAUGUUGAGCCCGCCAUUACCAGAGAUAUUUACUAAAGUGAGCCUUAAGAUUGAUCACGCCACCUUGAAGCAUUUAAAACCAAGCACACUUGAAGGAAAAACAGUGAACGUUGAACAGAAAGAUUGCUAUUUUGUUGCCAGCGGGUCAUUUAAGGAAGUUGAAGAUAUUUUUAUGACGUGUAAAACUGGACAAACGCCACAUGAUAAAUAUUCAGUUUCGAAAAGCCACGCCUCAGCAGGUCUGGGACCAGCUCAAAGUGACUCCUUUACACAAAUUGAACCAGUUGAGGUUGAUGAAACUGUCCUGUAUUACAUAACAGAAAAAAAAUCCAUGGAGUUUGAGAAAAUAAAAAGGAAUUCAGUCUCCAUAAAACAAAGUAAAAGGCAUGUGACCUUUUCGUCCCCGACUGGUGAGAACAUUCAUGCUCAAUUUGCGCGAGAACAGUUUAUAACAUUAUAUCAAAAGACUGCAACAGGGCUGCAAACGAGGACAUACAAUUUAGAUCCAAAAAAUAUAAAGUAUUACAGUGCAGAGUUCCCAGAACUCUUAAUCAACACCAGUAAAGAUAAACGGGGAGUGACACUGACUGGCAGCUUCAUUAGUCUUGAAAGAUUUGAGGCAUUUUUGAACGGCACUAAAAAAAGGUCUUGGCAGCACCAAACCCUGAAUAAAACAAAAGACUAUGGCACACCUUACAAGCAACCUGAAGCGCAAGAGAAAACAAUAGACCAAGCCAAAGAGGAGACGUGCCCGAUUUGUUUGGAUACAAUCAAGAAGCUUGAAUGUAAAGUCUUGCCUAAAUGCAAGCACUGCUUUUGUAACGACUGCUUGAAACGAGCUUUCCAGUUGAAACCAGCUUGUCCGAUUUGUGGUGAGAUAUAUGGCGAUCUAACUGGGACACAACCAAAAAGAGGGACCAUGACUGUCACAAAGGAUAACUCUUCUUUACCUGGAUACGAGAAAUAUGGAACAAUCGUUAUAAACUACUAUUUACCAAGUGGAUUACAGGGGGCUGAGCACCCAAACCCAGGCAAGCCUUACCAGGGUGCUUCCCGCAUAGCUUACCUCCCUGACUCAGCAGAGGGGAGAAAAGUACUGAAGCUUCUGGAGAGGGCGUUUAACCAGCGACUCACUUUCACCAUUGGAUGCUCAUCUACCACUGGAAUGAACAAUGUUGUGACCUGGAAUGACAUUCACCACAAGACAUCUCGUUCUGGGGGACCAACGCAUUAUGGUUAUCCGGAUCCAGACUACCUGAAACGAGUACAAGAUGAGCUAAAAGCGAAGGGAAUUUACUGACACUUUAAUUAUAUAUAUAUUACAUUACAGACUUUGUUAUUGCUACUUACACAAAGCUUACUAUUGUCAGAGAAACAGAAAAUAUAUUCCCCAUCUAAUCAGUCAUAACCAGAAGCCAUAAAAAACAAGGACAAGAACAAAGUAUGAUUUAGAACAAAGUAUUAUUGCAGUCUCAUGAUCACCAGUCACAGUACGUCAUAUUUUAAUAGUGAAACGAUGUACAAUGUCACUUGUCACGUAUACUACUGUGCUAAUAUAACGUGUGCUCUAAACUGUAAACUGAGUUUUAUGUCAAUGUGAUAGGACCACAUCUUCAGAAACAGAUACAAUUUUACAAUAGUUACAAUACUCAAUACAAAUCUCUGUCUCUCUCUCUCUCUCUCUCUGUAUAUAAUAUACUUGUGAAAAAUGUUGCAUAGUGAGGAUGUCUUCAAAAAUAAUGACAUAUAGUUUUCAUUUAUCACUUAAUGUCAUACAAUGUCCAGUAAAAAUAAAAAAGCUAAAUCAAUAUUUGUUGUGGCCACCUUUGCCUUUAAAACAGCACCAAUUCUCCUAGGUACACCUGGACAGUUUUUCUUGGUUGUGGGCAGAUUGGAUGUACCAAGCUUCUUCUAAGAACUAAGAAUUCGCCACAGUUCUUCUGUCUAUUAAGGCUGUCUCAAUUGCUUCUGUCUCUUUAUGUAAUCUCAGACUGACACGAUGUUCGGUGGGGAGGGCUCUGUGGGGGCUCUGUGUGUGUUCUUCUAUUCUUUUUUUUCUCCCCUUUUUCUCUCCUAUUUGGAAUGCCCAAUUCCUAAGCUCGUGGUGGCAUAGUGACUCACCUCAAUCUGGGUGGCGGAGGAUGACUCUCAGUUGCCUCUGCGUCUGAGACCAUCAGUCUGCGCAUUUUCUAACAUGGCUUGUUUAGCGCGUUACCGCGGAGACAUAGCGCAUGUGGAGGCUCCACGCCAUUCUCCGCAGCAUCCACGCACAACUCACCAAGUGCCCCACCGAGAGCGAACCACAUUAUAGCGACCACGAGGAGGUUACCCCAUGUGACUCUACCCUCCCUAACAACCGGGCCAAUUUAGUUGCUUGGGAAACCUAGUUGGAGUCACUCAGCACACCCUGGGAUUCAAACUCGUGAACUCCAGGGGUGGUAGCCAGCAUCUUUACUCACUGAGCUACCCAGGUCCCUCACCCUGUUCUUCUAUUCUAAUCUUUUCUAUUUGCAGAAGUAAUGUUUGGGAGUCUAACAUUUAUAUUUUCUGUUGACACACUAAAGCACUUUUGUGAAACAUCUUACGUGCCUAAAACUACACACACACACUACCGGUCAAAACUUUUGAAACACUUGACUGAAAUGUUUCUCAUCAUUUUUGAAGACAUCAUCACUGCAACAUUUUUCACAAGUGCCUAAAACCUUUGCACAGUACUGUAUAUAUUUAACUACUGUAUUAACAUGAAGUGUUCUGAAGUUUAAUAAGUUACUUUGAAGACUAAAAAAAGAGACGCUUGUUCCAGCCCACUUAAUCUGACUGUAAGGCAAUACUGCCGGAGUCAGUUUGGGGCAAAAAUAAAAAAUGUGCAUGAAAAGAAUGAAAUUAAUUAAUUAAUGUCAUUAUAAACAUAAUUUGCUUGGGUAGAUUAUUAAUAAUAUCAAACAGUCAACCCCAGAGAGAUGCUGGAAAAAAUAUAGUUGAGGUUUACUGUUUACUGUAGGUACUGUAUCUAAUAAAAACAAUCACCAAACAAUGACCUACCUGUCCAAAAGUGUCCUGGUUUUUGGCCAAUUUGAGUGGAUGAUAGGCUUGUCCUUGCACUAACUUGCAGAGAUACAGGUAGAUUAUAUAUGAACUUUUUUGAGGAAAACAAUAAUAGGUCCUCAAGAAUAAUUUUUGCAUCUCUCAAAUAGAUAUUAUUUGACUUUAUACACAUGUAUAAGUCAUGUGCUGCCUUUGUCUUGUUUGACACUGUUUGGAAGGAGAGACUGUGUUGUGCACUAGCCAGCUCUUGCAGCUGGCAAUUGUCUGAUCAAAGAUGGCACAAAGGUUACUGUGUAUGAAUGAUACCAUUUAUGGACUAAUACUCAGCCGUAUUUAGGGUUUAACGUUUGGUUUCAGUUAGAAAGAACAAAGACAAAAGUUUGAGAAUUAUAGGCAAAUCUGAAUUUAAUGAACAUAAACAGUUACAUAAGCUACUAUUUCCAUAACUUGUAAAAAGCCAAAAAGCUUGAUCUGUUCGCAAAAUAAGGAAGAAGUAUAAAGGUACUACAGAAAAUAUUUGGCUUUCGUGUUGUUGUGCCAUUAUUUACACUAUAUACAUUAUUUUUCAUAUAUGACUGUUGUCAUACAGUAUUGUCAUAUAUUUGCCAUUUAAAUCCUUACAGAUAAGGCACCAAAUGCUAAGUAGCAUGAUAUUUUUCACCAAAUUGUGCAGAAAAUGUACAAAACCAUACAAACAUAACUAUCACAUAUGGGUAAAGUGAAAGAUAAAAAAUAAUUUUGUUGCUUUAAUAUGUUUUAAGCAGUUAUACAGUUAUAAGUGUGUACAUGAAUGUUAGAAAUAUCCUCAGUAGUUAGGAAUUUCAAUACUUUAAGGAGAUUUAAAUGAUAGUUAUCAACCAGUUAGGUUUUGUUAUACUUACAAAAACAUGUUUUUGUGAUAUUAAGCUGUCACCAUUCUGAGCACUUAAAUCUACAAUUGAAUAAAGAGGAAUAUAUUGCAAGUGAAAGUCAUGUUGAUUUACCAGUAUUUCAAGUCUCAUGGAAAAUAAUAUUUUCUCCACACAAAAUGAUCAAUACCACGUAUUUAAUAUGCCUUUAGUUUAAUAAAACCCAUUAUUCUGCCCAUCAUCAACCUGUAAAUAAGAAAAAUGUUGUGGUGCUACAUCUUUUGUGUAAAAAUGCAUUUUCUCAAAUUUUACACUUUUAUGCACAGAUUCUGAAUCAUUCAUUCUCAAAAAAAAAAAAAAAAAAAAAGCUUUAGUGAUUUUAAUGAUUCAACAAUUUAAUUUAUGUUCAGAAAGUAAUUUGAACAACCACACAGGUGUCUAAACAUCACUAUAAAGAACUGCAAAAGCUGAACAGAAUACUCACAUUUGGACCUUCCGUUAAUACAUUACAAUGUAUAAACAACAAGCAGCAAACACUUAUUCUGCCUUAAAAUCACCUUAGAAAAAGAUUUAUAUUGAAAUAUCCAAAGACAUUGUACAUUUGGGUGCCGAUUUUUUAUUUAUCAAAACUUCUAUAACAAUACCAAGGAAAAGUAUUGAUUUGAAAAUAUAAGGAAAGCAGCAUGCAUCUUAUUUUUAGUUGUUGCUGCCAAGUAUAUAAAGAUAAUUUUUUUUUCAUUAUUAUUAUUUUUAUCUGAACUCUCUUUUUCAUAGUUGGUAAAUUCACUCCUCAAUGAAAACAAUAAUUUUACAGUAAUAUAUUUUAAAUAAUUUGAUUUAAAUGAGUAAAGUGGCAGGUUUGAUUAAUCUGGGAAAAGUCCUAAACUUAGGCCUUUAGAAAUUGUAAACUGACAGUUACUUUUAAAUAGCAUGUCAUAUUAAGUGUCGCAUGGGGAUUUUUUAAACUACACUUGUCAAAUCUCCCCAUCAGCUCUCAAUGCAGUGUCUUCAACAUCAGGAGUUGUUUGCUUGUGUUGCCCAACAAUAAAUACUGUACUUCUGUCUUUUGAAGGCAUUUAAGAUUAUAUGGAAAUUUAAAACAACUAUCAUACAUUAAGAAAAAUAAAGUGCAUAUAGACACCUUUUGUAUAUACAAAUUAAUGUACUUUAACAAGUACAACUCUUAGUAAACAAGAUCAGAUGGCGCAUAUCCACACAGGAAUAUUGUAUUUUCUCCAGUAAAGUCUCAAAAUAUUCUUGAAAGUGUUUUCAUUUUUUGUAUUCUUUACAAAAAAUAAGUAGUCCACCAGUUGAACUGAGAGACAUACCAUGCUUUUUCAAAAUGUAUCUUUUAUUUAUAAACUUAGCAAAAUGGUUAUAGUUUGAAUAGCCAGUGUAAAUAUGCAUGUAUCCCAGGGGACUAGUAUAAAUAGUGUGUUUAUUUUUGAAGACUGUGAAUAUCCUUUUUUCUGUGUUUUGUGUGUGUUCUGUGGUUACCAAAAAUACAUAAGGUAUUGGCCUCCUACGCUCAAAUGUCCAGCUUUGAGAAAGAGGUCAAGGCAGCGGUAUUGUGUUCCAACUCAUCCAGUGGCUGUUUGAUUGCCGAUGACUCGUAGGAUCUCCCUGUGAAUACUGGGGUCCUGUGUGUUUAUACUUGUGUCGCCUACCUGUCCGUCCUCAUAA